UGCGACACACGCUCUACCUUGCUAUCCCAAACUCUCAACAUGUCUUACUACGCCAACAACGAAUACAUCAUCGCUACUAACAACUCGAUCAACGAGAACAAAUACAACAGCGAAAAGAUGAAGAACAGCGGCAUCAAAGCUCUUCUCAAGCCGCUAAUGAAGAUCAUUAAGAAGACAACAAAGCGCAGCGUUCCCGCCAAAACCGUCGAGACCAGUUUCGAAGCCGACGAGAACGCCAGCAAUGAAGCAUUGGAGCGCAAGAUCUACGAAGAGAUGGAGACUUGCCAGCCCGGCGCAGCCUUCCUGGUGUACAACGAGGAGUCCUGUGACCUCGUGCCCGUCGCCCGCGACGAUUUCUACAUCCCAGUCCACUUCGCCCGCACAGAAGCCGGCACCUUCUUCUGGACCACAGUCACCAAGACCGAAGCUGACUUCGCAGCGGCGCACUGCUACACCGAGUGCCAGACUCCCGAGCAGCAGCACCCAGUCUUCCAAGACCGCUGGGUGCAAGCCUAAACAACCCAACACUCGACAAUCAGUGUCUUCCGUGAAACCAGUGCUGCCGGUUUCUGCAAUCGUCUGUGAUGUUAGCUUUAAUCUCAAAGGUGCCAUAUAGGGUUAGGACAUAGAGUUCGGAUAACUCGUGAUAACUCCGAAAGCUUUAAUGUAUUUUCGAAUCGUGAUGUGAUAUUUUGAAAAUAUUGUAUAACUUAGUAGGUUAAGUGUAGGGUUAUUGAAAUUGUGAUCUUCCUUUACUGAGCUUUAAUUUAGGGUGAUAGGUAAUUUAUUUUGUACGUGAAGGUUAAUUUUAUAUGACAAUGGUUCAAUGUAAUGACAAUGAGAAAAAAUACACACAAGUUAAAUGAA